AGCAUGUUCAAAAUCACUGUUUUGAAAUAUGCAUCCUUAAAGUACAUGGAUUAUCUACUAUUUUCAGAAAAUAUUUGAAUUGCAGAUCCAUGAACACUCUAAUGGCUGAUGUUACCCACAAUUCUUUGCAAGAGGUAAGAGUUUAGUGAUGUUACACUAAAUUAAGCAAUUAAAUUAUAUAUUAAACAUUACAUGAAUAAUAAUGCCUGUAGAAAAGUUGAAAUGCGAGUUGUAUUUGGAUGGGUGAGAUUGUUAAAGAUCAAAAUGUGCAGCUCGGAAACAGUGUUCACUUCGGUUAGUAUUAGUAUUAGGGAUAGUAGUACUAAUACUAACACAGUCAAAAAUGGACAAACCCAGCCGUUGUGUUCAACUAAACCAGAUAUUAUUUAUAUUUGACCUGACAAUAGGUUAAAACAACCCAGUAAUUUGGGUUGAAACAAUCCAGCAUAAAAUAAAUUACAACCUAAUGGGCUGCAGGGUUCAUCCUUUUUUGACUUGAUGCUGGGAUGAAAAUAACCCAGCAUUUUUUGGAGUAUGCAUACUAUUUUAAUGUAUAUACUUUCCCAUUUACAUUUAGCGCAUAUUGGAAUGCAGCAUACUUAAAAAUGAAUUACUGGCAUAAUAGCCAAUCUGAAAUUAUUUAAAAGACUAACAGGGUUAAAAAUGAUUUUAAGAACAAAUCAUAAGAUAAACUGAUAUGAACGAACGAGUAUUUCCAAUAGGCUAAACGUUUUCAAACGAAAAAGCGAAAACUUAAAGAAACUUGCCACGCCCACUAAACUAACUAUCUACUUCAUUGUGACAACAUGACAGACACAUUGUGUAAAUUUCAAAAUGUGUUUUUUAAUUCGCUUUUGACAGAUGCUUGAAAGUCGAAAAUAGCAGCAAGAAUCAGUUAAGCCCAUGCGCGUGACUGCACAGAUCGCGGAUCGUCAUGUUUGGGCACGAGAGUGCGCGGACACGCGAGCCGCAGUAGCAGCGCGUUUGGCGAGGCGCGGUGAGUGCGCGCUCGGGAUUCUGCAUGCGGCUUAUCAUCAACAUGCAUUUGUGACUCCUGGCACGAGAAUAUUAAGAUAUUUUCGGAUUUACUUUUUCCAACACAAACACACCCUUAACUUUUUCAGUGUCAUGCUUAUUUAUUGAUCAUGGAUCCUCUUUACAUCACUUGGGAAAACUCCACCAAUGGUUCACGUGUGAAUGACACGGAUGUUUUCUCGAACCAGUUCGUUCAGCCGGUCUGGCAGGUGGUUCUGUGGGCCGUCGCGUACUGCUGUAUAGUUCUGGUGUCGGUGGUUGGGAACAUCACUGUCGUUUGGAUCAUUUUAGCGCACAAACGCAUGAGAACCGUCACCAACUAUUUUCUGGUGAAUCUCGCGUUUGCUGAAGCGUCUAUGUCCGCCUUCAACACCGUCAUUAACUUUGUGUAUGCGGUACACAAUGAUUGGUACUUCGGUCUGGUUUACUGUCAAUUUCACAACUUCUUCCCCAUAGCAGCAGUCUUCGCCAGUAUUUACUCAAUGACAGCUAUAGCACUGGACAGGUAUAUGGCUAUCAUCCACCCGCUCCAGCAGCGUCUGUCAUCCACUGAGACUAAGUUAGUAAUCGGGGUGAUCUGGGCUCUGGCACUGUUGCUGGCUUUCCCUCAAUAUUAUUUCUCCAGCACCGCUAAGCUGCCAGGACGAGUCGUGUGCUACAUCAACUGGCCAGAGUACAACGUGUGGGAUUUUCAGAAGAUGUAUUAUGUCUGUGUGGUUAUUCUUAUCUACUUUCUGCCUUUGAUGGUCAUGGGAUGUGCGUACCUGGUGGUGGGCUGCACUCUCUGGGCCGGUGAGAUUCCCGGAGACUCCUCGGAUCGCUAUCGAGAGCAGCUAACAGCCAAACGAAAGGUGGUGAAGAUGAUGAUUGUGGUCGUGUGCACCUUCGCUGUCUGCUGGCUGCCGUAUCACGUCUACUUCCUGUUGCAUCAGUUCUUUCCCAACCUGUUUGAAGAACGUUACAUCCAACAGGUGUAUUUGGGAGUUAUGUGGCUUGCCAUGAGCUCUACGAUGUACAAUCCCAUCAUCUAUUGUCUGCUCAACGACAGAUUUCGAGCUGGAUUUCAGCAAGCAUUCUUCUGGUGUCCAUGCGUUCAUCGAGGCACACAUGAAGGUCUGGAGCUCAAAUCAACUCGAUAUCUACAGACCCAGGCGAGCAUUUGCCGCACCAGCCGAAUGGAGACCACAAUAUCCGCGGUGAUGCCAGCUGGAGAGGUCAACCUGCAGGAAAACCAAAAUCGAUUUUCAAUAGAUCUCACAACCAACGGUUCUUCACGAAGCGCAUCCAAGACUGUAUCAGAGUCCUCCAGCUUUUAUUCUAGUAAUAACUUAGCUUUGUAAAGGCUUUCAGUGUAUUUCUAAAGAAGAUUUACGUUGGAGGGAUCAAAAUCAGAGGUCCAACAAACCCAAAGAGAUUUCCAGGUUGACUUGGAUGAAGGCAAAUGUGUGUAGUAUAUCAAGCAAAUUAUCAUCUGCAUUGUCAUUGAGUCUAUUUACAGACUAUUCUGUUAAACUACCUAAAACAGAAGAAGGACAUUUGAUAUUCUUCAAGAACAAUAUUUUUUUUCUUUGUCUCUUCGAGCGACAGUUCUGAGCAGCUGACUGGCCAUCAUCCCCAUAGGAAUUUUCCCAUCAACCCAUCCGACCCAAGUUCUUGUUCCAGCAUUCCAGGAUUUGUUUAGGAAACCAGACCAGCUGAUGCCCCUAGCAACAAUUUGUCAGUCGUCCAUCAAGGUUACAGCGAUUUGUUGGUGAUAUGAUAGCCGCAGUGAGGACCCAGGAGGGUUCGCACCUGUUGCCGAAUAUUACUGCACUACAGAGGCAACAAAAGAUUUGUACUGAACGUUCGUGGUAUAUAUAGCACAGAGAAGAGGGAUAAAUGGACAGUAUAUUAAUAUAGCUGCCUUCUAUUAUGUAAUUAUAUUAAAGACUUUGUGUAUUUUAAGCAUGUUGAUAAGCAUCAGUACCGCCUUUGUCUAAUAGAGGACAAUUAAUAUCAUAUGUUUAAUAUAUAAUGUUUCAAGUUUGUAUAUUUCCAAAACUGUGUUUUCUGUAUUAAAAACGAUGUUUUGCAGCGACGAAUUAGACCGAACAUCAUCUUGACGUCUGUGUGUAAUAUUGUUUGUGGUUUACGUGCCUCUUUCAGCCGUAAGGCCGUAAAAUUGUAGUGGCUCUCGCUUUGUGGCGCAGGUGCGAGCGCUGCUUUGAUGCGUCCAGAGGAACAAAGAUUCGGCAGUGCUGCACCUUUUGAACUGCUUCACAGCUGCAUGCAUUACUGCGAACCCUUCUGACAGACACGUGUUUAGAGUCGCGCUGUGCUUUUAGACUGUUAAAGGUGUCGUAUACAGAGCCUUACUUAGAUCUGAUUCAACAUGCACUGUCAGAAAAAUUGGGAAAAAAUUGUGCCAAGCUGUCACCGGGCCGGCACCCUUUCAAAAAGUACACCUUUGCACCUAAAGAGUUCAUAUUAUUACCUCAGAAUAUUGCAAAGAGUUUAUAUUAGUACUUCAAAGAUACAUAUACACAUUUGUACCUAAAUGGUACAAGUUGGGACCUUUAUAAAGGGUACGUGCCCCAGUGACAGUUUGGGACCAUUUUAUGAAUAUUUUCCUGAACCACCAGUUGUUUUCAAUGUCCCACCAAAUGCUUAACAAGAAACCAGUUUAUAAACUUUAAAGCUUUAGAAAGAUUCAGUGGCUGUUUUUAAUUCUCAA